CCAGUGGGAAAAGAUCUGUGUUCUUUUUGGAAAGCGGCUCAAUUUCUUUAAAAAUGUCAUCAACAAAUAUACACAAUGAUGUAAAUAAGAAAUCAUUAUCAGAAAUAUCAACAGAAAUGUUAAAUAAACCAGAACUAAUUUAUUGUAUUAGUGAAAAUUGUAUAACAAAAAUCAACAAUUCUCAACGGCCUUGUAAAAAAGAUCAAAUUCCUGGACCACGUCAAAUUGACAUUGUCGGAGAUUUUGGAGAGGAAGUGGAACGUGAAUUUGACUUACUUUUCACAGGUUAUAAAAGAAAGCAGCUUAUGGAAAGCUUACAUGUUUUAAAUUUAUCUAAGAUAAGCGAUGCAGAGCUUUCAAAUGGUGGUGAAGCGUUACGGAAUUUAAAUGUAUUACGAAGUUCUGAAGACAACAGUCGCAAAAUUAGGUUGAAAAAUACACCAUGUGGACAUGAACCAACAAAAAUGAAGUGUAGAAAGUCGUCACAUGAUGAGCGACAACUACCUCCGGAUAAAUUUGACUAUAAGAAAUGUAAUCAACAAAAAUAUAUAAUGAGUGAAACUGAAAGUUACUUGGGGGAAAUCACAAACAAUUGUCAGAAAAUGGAACCUUUGGCUGAAAACAUCAAAAUACAAAGAAGUAGUCGAUACUUCAAUUCUUCAUGUUGGGCACAAUACGUGGAACAUCCCGUUAUUUAUGCAAACGACAAUUCCUCUCCAAAAUUCUUAGAACAAUUUGAUGCAUACAAGGUGGCUCUUGACAUGGACUUGGAAACAUUUCAAAACCACUUUAAAAUGGCGAACAAAAUUGAAAUAAAGCGUCGUUACAACCGAGAUGAAAUCUGCAAAAGAUUGGCCUUUAAAGAAGAAAAUCUCUUAAACAAUAUUAAAAGCUUAGAAUUGAAAAAGGAUAUCUGCUCGGACACUGAAAGCUAUAGCUCCGAUUCUGAAACUUGUCCCAAGUUAGCAAGUGGAGUACUUCGAAGACCAUCCAUUUUUUAUUCCACAAAAUAUAAUAAAGAUUAUGCAAAUCACCAAAUCAACAAUAAACAAAAAUAUAUUAAUAAUUCAAAUGGCAAUAUGAAGAAAACGCAGGAACGGCAACCUAAUGACCAGACUUUCUUUUUUACGAAACAAUCGAAGCUUCAAAUAGAGGUUCGACUUGCUUUAGCCCAAUCAAGGAAAAUAGCACAAAGGAAAAUAAAGAGCCAGAAUAAUGGCGCUACGCGUAUCGUGGACAUAAUACGAACAAUGCUUUAUAGUGUUGGCAUAAAUAUGGACUCAAAUCAUCGCUGGAUAUCAAGGCAAUUACUCACAGGUGUAAAUAUAACGAUUCUACAAUUAUUAGUGGAUCGUUUUCAAGCGAUUAUUCAGCAACUAAAUGUUAAUCUUUUGGAAAGUCUGAAAGAGCGUGACGAUCUCCAUUUGGAUCAAGACGUCAUAUUGCAUGAUCUUGAAAAAAUCAAUAACUUCUUAAAUAGCUCAAGUGCUCCGCAUAAGUCAAGAGAUCCUGAUCUACCGACGGAUUUUUAGGAAUAUUUGCCAUCAAACCUAUUCAAAAUCUGUAACAAUUUCUUGAAUCAUCCUUAUGGUACCUUAUGCAAAGUUUUUAUAAAUUUCAGCUAACCUUUAGUCUGCAAAUACGAACAUUUUUGUCAAAGCACUGUAGCUAAUGGCGAACAAAUAAAUUUAAUAAAAUUCAAGCAAAGUCUAUCAAAUAUUAUAUGCACUCUUUAGAAUUUUGAGACCUAACAAAAACACU